UCAGUCGAGUAAAAGCUUGCAAAAUCGCUGGAAAAAUGACGGAAAACGUAGAUCCAUCGCAAUUUAAUGCCGAUGAGCUGGAUCCACCAGCUUGGCUAGAUAAGGAGUUUAUCGAAGGCGUUCUAAGAACAUAUGAAAAGGAUCCAGAAUUGCAUGUUACCGAUCUGAAAAUAAGUCCAGCGACUUUCCAGGGAGAUCACUAUGCCAGCAUCAUGUUCCGAGCCGUUUCCCAGUACUACAGCGUCAAGGGGAAGUUCAGCAAGUCACUGAUUGUUAAAACAAUGCCGGAGCAGGAAGGUCACAAAAAGGAUAUGCUCUCUCAGUCGCCCAUCUUCAAAACGGAGAUCCUGAUGUACAGCAAAGCACUGCCGGAGUUCGAGAGAAUUCUCCGGGAGGCAGGAGAUACGACCAAGCUCUAUGCGCCCUGCAUAUAUCACAGCUUGGAGCCUCGGCAGGUGAUGAUAUUCGAGGAUCUGGUGCCACAGGGAUACUCGGUCAUCCGAGAUCGCCUUGCCACCAAAGAGGAGCUGAAGAAAGCCUUUUUCAAGUUGGCUAAGUGGCAUGCGGUCAGCAUGAAGGUCUUAAAUGAGCAACCUGACUUCCUUGAGGAACUCAAACAUGGUAUGUGGAGCAUGACCACCUUCGUGAACGAUCCCAUGGUGACCACUGGAAUAACCUGCUUCUUGGAAAUGCUGGACAAGGUGCCGGAACUCACGAAGUAUAAGCCGUAUUUCGAAAAAAUACGGAACAACUACAUGCAGCAGAUGGGCAAAGUUAUGGAAGAGUACCGCACUGAUCCGCAACCAAAUAGAUAUUACGUGCUGUGUCACGGUGAUUUUCAUGCUCGCAACAUGAUGUUUAAAAAUAACAAGGAAACAGGUGACUUCGAGGACGUGAUGCUGGUGGACUUCCAGAUCAGUAAUACUUGCCCCAUUACCAUUGACCUAAUUUACUCCAUCUUCAUGCUAAUGGAUUCGGAGGAGCGUUGGGAUCUCGGAAAGGAGUAUAUCGAUUAUUAUUUCUCUGUGCUGGCGGAGACUCUGAGAAAAGUGGGCUUCAAGGGUGUCAUGCCCACCCUGACGGGGAUCUGGGAGCACAUUCAUGGCCAUAAGGAUUACACGUUUUUCAUGAUGACCAGCAUGCUGCCGAUGAUGGCCGCCAUGAAAGCGAAUGCUUUUAAACUGAUAUAUGUAUUGCUGGAUCCGGAAACGAAGAAAAAGACCUAUUUUCUGGAUGAAUACCUCAGGGAUGUCAAGAAGCUGCUGCCUAAAUUCGAAGAACUGGGGUAUUUCGAAAAUCUGUAAUACGAUUGUUUUAAGUUAAACAAAAAUACUUCUGAACGAUGUAAAAACCAAGUGAAUAAAUAA